AUGUCGCGGGGUAAUACGCCAUCGCAACACAAUUCAACUCUGGCCAUUUCUCCAUUGGUUGGAAAUAGGACAUUACAGAUGCAGCAAGGCCAACAGCAGAGAAAUAACACGCACAACCAGGGCAAUCGACAGUGGAGCGGAGCGCAAAGGGUUACGCAAACGCCACAUCAAUCGGUAACGUACAGUCCUCUAGUACAGAAAAUACAAAACAAUGCGUCGCUGGCGACUCCAGCCCCCAUACAGGACCACGGUGGAUCAACAGCUGGGCUGUUGGCUUCGAUGACCAAAAACGGUCUAUUUGGGCCCACGAUGCCUUCGACGCUCCGUAAGGUCAGCGUGGUAACAGACCUGAAUAGGCCUCCUCAAAGUGUCUUAGACGGCGCCGGCUCCGAAGAGACGCUUGAUGCGAAUCGGAUCAUACACUCUAUUGACAUUGCACAACUGCCAGCUGCAGAAAAAUUGCGAUUAUGGCGGCAUGACUCGCUUAUGCAGCACCAAUAUCGCACCGCGGAGUACAUAGGCGACAAAGUUUACUCCAUGACUGGCGACCCUAACGAUGCAUUUUGGCUGGCCCAAGUAUACUACAAUAGCGGGUCGUACAUCCGAGCAGUGGAACUCUUGUCACGCAACAACCUCGACACUUCCAGCGUGAUGUGCCGAUAUCUCACGGCUUUGUGUUUGAUUCAGCUUAAGAAGUACGAAGAUGCUCUUGAUAUCGUGGGCGAAACAAACCCAUUUCAAGACCCACUGGGCAACCAUGUCAAAAACCAAGACGGCGGGAUUAAGCUAGAGUCUUCGAUGUGUUACCUACGGGGCAAGAUUUUUGCUGCGUUGAACAACUUUGAGAAAGCCAAAGAAUCUUUGAAAGAGGCGCUUCAGGUGGAUGUCAAAAAUUUCGAAGCCUUCGAUGAGUUGAUCUCCAAAAACUUACUUACACCCAAUGAAGAAUGGACUUUUAUUGCAUCUCUGGAUUUUUCGGACCUAGACGACAAUGAAGAAUUGAUUAGAUCCUUGUACAUCUCCAGGCUAUCCAAAUAUCUCAACCUGGAUCAAGUCCGCAAAGCUCAGGACUUUUUGAUUGACGAAUACAAACUCAGCAAUAACACUGAUAUUAUCCACAGUAAUGUGGAUACCCUUUUCACGCAAUGUAAGUUUUCCGAUUGUCUCAAAUUAUGCGAGGAAGCGCUUGAACAGGACGAAUUUAACUUUUCAAUCUUACCAACUUACAUCUCUUGCCUGUAUGAGUUGGGAGGUAAAAACAAACUAUUUUUAAUAUCGCAUAAAUUAGCGGAGAAUUUCCCUAAACAUCCCAUAACCUGGUUCGGUGUGGGUGCGUACUAUAUGUGCACUAACAAGAUCUCCGAGGCAAGAAAGUAUUUCUCUAAAGCUUCAAUACUUGACCCGACCUUCAGUCAGGCUUGGAUCGGGUUCGCGCACACUUAUGCGGUGGAAGGAGAGCACGAACAAGCCGUUUCUGCAUAUUCAACCGCUUCAAGGUUUUUUCCUGGGACACAUCUGCCGAACUUGUUUUUGGGUAUGCAGUAUUUACUCAUGGGUACGCUCCCGCUCGCAGAAGAGUACUUCAUUUUGGCCUAUGACGUUUGUCCUUAUGAUCCAUUGCUGUUGAAUGAGAUGGGAGUUUUGUACUUUAAAAAAAAUGACUUCGUCAAAGCAAAGAAGUAUUUGAAGAAGGCUUGGGAAGCUAUCAAGGCUCUGGAUUCAGAAUCAAAGUCUUGGGUCUCGAUUCACACGAAUCUGGCACAUUCCUAUCGUAAAUUAGGUGAAAAUGAGAGGGCCGUGAAAUGUUUCAAGCUUGUUUUAGAGACUGCUGGAAAAGACACGGACACUCUAUGUGCUCUUGGUUAUGUUUAUCUCAGGAUGAAUCGCAUAGGCAAGGCUAUUGACUCUCUGCACGGAUCGCUUGCCUUGUGCCCCUCUAAUCAAACAGCCCAAGACCUUUUGAAACAAGCUCUAGAUGUUAAUUUGUCUACAGUUUUAGACGAAAGUCACCCACUUGUCGUCAGCUCUAAAAUUCAAGAACAAAGCUCGAGGCUUGUCUCUCGUAAGAGGGCCGCCAAUAAAUUAGACGUUCACGCUAUGGCAAAGAGGCUCAAACAUGGGCAGGACUCAUCAGAUGACGAAGGCGAAGAAGGCGAUUCAAUGGAACUAGAGUGA